AUGGCGCUGGCAAUAAGAAGCGGCAUCCCACGUGCAAAUCCUGAUGUUCUACGUCCAAUCUUCGAACGUUUUGCAUCCAAAACAGGAGCAGAUGGGCAGAAAUACAUGACAUCAGAAGAUUUUAUUAGAAAAUAUCUCGGCCUAUUCACAGAGGAGAACUAUAAUCGCGAAUCCGUUCGAUUACUUGCCUCGGCUGCUGAUACCACCAAGGACGGUGACAUUUCGUUUGAAGAGUUUUGUGCUUUCGAAGCACUGCUCUGCAGCCCUGAUGCCCUUUAUUUGACUGCAUUCGAACUCUUUGAUCGAAAUGCCAGCGAUUCAAUCACUUGCGAUGAGUUCGAAGCGGUUAUCCGGCAUACACAACCACUGUACGACAUGGACUUCGAUUUCAAUUCGGAGUUCAUCAAAAAAUACUUCGGCGCGGAUAAAAAGAGGAGUAUCAACUAUCAUGCAUUCUGCCAGCUUCUACAUGACUUCUAUGAAGAGCAAGGACAGCAGGCAUUCAAAAGGUAUGAUAAGAAAGGAGAAGGUGUUAUCAGCUCAUUGGAUUUCCAACAUAUCAUGAAAACCGUCAAAGGUCAUCUACUGACAGAAUUCGUUCGUAACAAUCUGGUUGCAGUUUCUGGUGGUGCAGCCAGCGGUCAUAAGGUCUCCUAUCCCUACUAUGCCGCAUUCAACAGCUUGUUGGCGAAAAUGGAGCUCAUCAAACGAGUUUACUUGAGCUUGGCCAGAGGUAAUUUGGACCUUGAACUGACGAAGGAGGAAUUCUUGCAGGCCACUCAGAGCUAUGCUCAGAUCACUCCUUAUGAAGUUGAGAUCCUUUUCCAUUUGUGCGAGCUUGCUCAUCCAGGAAAGAAGACUCUCGCGUUGAAAGAUAUUAUUCUUAUUGAUCCAGAGCGUCUAAAGAGAGUUUCUUACGUUGAACGACUUAUUAACGUGAAAGCCGUGGCCAGCAAAGAGGACCGAGGCUUUGGGACGGCGGUGCUGGAGUCAGCGUAUCGCUUCCUGUUAGGUUCAAUAGCAGGAGCAUGCGGUGCCACCGCCGUCUACCCAAUAGAUUUGGUGAAAACUCGGAUGCAAAACCAAAGGACCAGCUCGUUUGUUGGUGAAGUUAUGUACAAGAACAGCUUGGAUUGCUUCAAGAAAGUCGUCAAGUUCGAGGGUCUAUUGGGUCUUUAUCGUGGUCUUUUACCGCAGAUCGUUGGGGUUGCUCCCGAAAAAGCCAUUAAACUUACAAUGAACGAUUUCGUCAGAGAUAAAUUCACAAAAGAAGGCAAAAUUCCAUUUUGGGCAGAAGUGUUGGCCGGUGGUUGUGCUGGAGGCAGUCAGGUAAUAUUCACGAAUCCAUUGGAAAUUGUGAAGAUUCGCCUUCAAGUCGCCGGCGAAAUUCAAUCAGCGCAAAAGAUAGGCGUAUUCACAGUGUUGAAAGACUUGGGAUUCUUCGGUUUGUACAAAGGUGCUCGAGCGUGUUUCCUUCGUGACAUUCCCUUUUCGGCUAUAUAUUUCCCGGCAUAUGCUCACGCAAAAUUACACACAGCUGAUGUAGAUGGUAUCAAUCAUCCCAGCUCUCUGUUCGCAUCUGCCUUCAUUGCGGGUGUUCCAGCUGCGGGUUUGGUAACCCCGGCUGACGUCAUCAAGACAAGGCUGCAAGUAGCGGCCAGGGCCGGACAGACCACUUAUACUGGAGUCAUCGAUUGCGCCCGUAAAAUCAUGAAAGAAGAAGGUCCGGCAGCGUUUUGGAAAGGAACAGGCGCCCGCGUCUGUCGCUCGAGUCCACAGUUUGCCGUCACCUUGCUUGCCUAUGAGUUACUCCAACGGAUCUUCUAUGUCGAUUUUGGUGGAAGUCGUCCUACCGGAUCAGAGUCUGCCACCACGAAAAAGAUUAUGGACGAGACAUCAUUGCAUCCGGAUCAUGUUGGUGGAUAUCGUCUAGCGGCUGCCACGUUCAGUGGCAUCGAAUACAAAUUUGGCUUAUUCUUGCCUCGAUUUGAACGUGCCACUGAAAAAUUGUAG